AUGAAAAUUCUAGGAAGACAGGAACUUUUCCUGUCUUCUAUACUUUCAACACUUUAUCACCUACACCAAGCAUCAAGACAUCCAUUUGGUAGGUUAUUACUAAUUAAUAUUUGACAAAUCUGGGGAUCAAAUGGUAAAAGUUAAUACCACAGCCCACCGUCAGUCCUCUAGAGUUGAUUGUAAGUAAUUGUGCUUAUAUUAACUGUAAGGUAAACAUUAUAGAAUUAUCACUGCAGGAUCCUUUGUUUCUAUGGUUUCCAGAUGUUCCCAGUGUCCAGAUGAUCCAGCUGCCCAUCUCCCAGAAAUCUAGCUCUAUCUCACUAUGGAGGCCACAACCUGUAAUGGAUCAGUGGAUGGCUCGCCCAUCUUCUACCUAGUGGGCAUCCCCUCUCUGCCGGAGUCCUUCUUCCUCCCUGUGUUUUUUAUUUUCCUCCUCUUCUAUCUUCUCAUCCUUAUGGGUAAUGCCCUGAUCCUGGUGGCUGUGGUGGCUGAGCCCAGCCUCCACAAGCCCAUGUACUUCUUCCUGAUCAACCUCUCCACCUUGGACAUCCUUUUCACCACAACUACUGUCCCCAAGAUGCUGUCCCUAUUCUUGCUUGGGGACCAUUUCCUCACCUUUCCUUCCUGCUUAUUGCAGAUGUAUCUUUUCCAAAGUUUUACAUGCUCUGAAGCCUUCAUCCUGGUGGUCAUGGCCUAUGACCGCUAUGUGGCUAUUUGCCGCCCACUGCACUACCCUGUCCACAUGACGCCACAGACCAAUGCUAUGCUGGCGGCCAGUGCCUGGUUCACUGCCCUCCUCCUGCCCAUCCCAGCAGUAGUAAAGACCUCCCAGAUGGCAUAUAACAGCAUUGCCUACAUCUACCACUGCUUCUGUGAUCAUCUGGCUCUGGUCCAGUCCUCCUGCUCUGACACCACCCCCCAGACUCUCAUGGGCUUCUGCAUUGCCAUGGUGGUGUCCUUCCUCCCCCUUCUCCUGGUGCUCCUCUCCUACGCCCGCAUCCUGGCCUCGGUGCUUCGCAUCAGCUCCCGAGAAGGACGGUCCAAAGCCUUCUCCACCUGCAGCUCCCACCUCCUGGUGGUGGGCACCUACUACUCAUCCAUUGCCAUCGCCUAUGUGGCCUACAGGGCUGACCUGCCCCUCGACUUCCACAUCAUGGGCAAUGUAGCGUAUGCUAUUCUCACACCAAUCCUCAACCCCCUCAUUUAUACCCUGAGAAACAAGGAUGUAAAGGCCGCCAUUACCAAAAUCACAUGUCUCAAGAACCCAGGCUGUGACAGGGGCAUUUGACCUUUAAUUCAGCUAAUCCUGUUCCCAGGAC